AAUGCGUAUUCUUCAUCCUAUAUUUUCACCUGUGCUAUGGACUUAUGGUGGAGGCGAUCCAUCCGGACUGCGCCAUCAAGAUGCUGCACCUGAGAGCAUGGGAGAUCUGUAACGAGACGAGAAGGAGCGAAACGCAGAACCGAAGCCAGCAAAGCGGAUGCACUACAUACUGGGAUGGGAUAAACUGCUGGCUGAGAGCUGAAAUCGGACAAGUGGCCAACAUCUCCUGCUCUGUCUCAAUCUUCCAGCGUUUCACCAGCAACCAAGGUUGGGUUUACAGGAACUGCACGUCGGAGGGCUGGUCGGAGCUGUACCCUCUGUAUGAAGACGCCUGUAUGCUGAGCGACGACCCCGAGCCUGAGUAUGAGACAAGCUACCUGUCCACGUUCAGGCAGGUUUACACUGUGGGCUACGCCACCUCCCUCAUCUCACUCAUCACAGCCAUUGUGAUCUUCUCUGCCUUCAGGAAGUUCCGCUGCACAAGGAACUACAUCCACAUAAACCUGUUCUCCUCCUUUGUCCUGAGAGCCAGCGCUGUAUUCAUCAAAGACACUGUGCUUUUCGCUGAUGAGUCGCUGGACCACUGCUCCAUGUCCACGACGGCGUGCAAGUCGGCCGUGGCGUUCUUUCAGUUCAGUAUUUUGGCCAAUUUCUUCUGGCUGCUGGUGGAGGGCAUGUACCUGCAGACUCUGCUGGCUCUGACCUUCGUAUCUCAGAGGAAGUAUUUCUGGUGGUACAUCCUGAUUGGCUGGGGUCUCCCAUCCACAGUGAUCAUCUUUUGGGUGUUGACGCGAUUCUUCUACGAUGACAACGGAUGUUGGGAUGACACGGACAAUGUUCCUAUUUGGUGGAUUAUUAAGGGUCCAAUUACGGCGUCUCUGCUGAUUAACAUUGUCAUCUUUGUGAAUGUGAUCCGGAUACUAGUCCAGAAGCUCAAGUCGUCAGCCAUGGCAGGAAACAAUGACACAGGCCAUUUUAUGAGACUGGCCAAAUCCACUCUGUUCCUCAUCCCUCUGUUUGGGAUGCACUACACUGUGUUUGCGUUCCUGCCAGAGACCACCGGGGUGGCAGCGCGCCUCUACAUCGAAUUGGGCCUGGGAUCCUUUCAGGGUUUUGUAGUGGCUCUCCUCUACUGCUUCAUGAAUGGAGAGGUCCAAGCAGAGCUGCGGCGAUGGCUGUGGAAGUGUCAGAAUCAGAACCAGCUGACUCCGGCCAAACGCAGCAUCACCCAAAUCACGAUACGGACCAGAGGCGAGCUGGGUGGGCCUCCUUCUACGGGCAACGUGUCCUCUGUGUGAUCAGAGACAAGACAGAGACAAGAACUGUGUUUGAACUCAAAGACACACAAUCCAAUCUUCCAGCAAUUUUUUGGAAGAUGGAAGGAGAUGGAAAAUAUUUUUAAAAUCUGUAACAGAAGAAUAACAAGUUGAGAUGCUAAACUGGCAACAAGCAAGAGGAGCACAGGGCCUAUAAAGUGAUCGAGCAUGUUUUAAAGUUUGCAGAUUAACACCAUAGCUUGUAAUUGAAACUAAUGAAAAGACGCAUCUACUGUCAGCAAGAGUACAAAGUACAACACAGAGUACAGUACAGAGUACUGUACAGCGUGGAGCCUCUUGGAAUAGACAAUGCCAGAGGAAUUUAAUUUUUUUUUCCCAGUUUUUCUUUUCAGUUUCAUCAUUUGUGAUACUACAACAUUCAUCACUUGGAUUUAAUAUUUUUUGAACACAUUUCCAUUCUAAAGCAAUUGUUCUCAAAUUAACUUUUUAGCAAGUGGACUUGCAUCCCCAUUGAAAUAUUUUGAAAGUGUUGGUGAUUGCAUCCAGUGCAUUCUACUGUUGUGUCUUUGAGCAAGACACUUCAUCCACUUCGUUUGUGUGAAAGGUAUGUGUGUGAAUGGUGGCAGUCAGAUAGGCCAGUGGCAUAGACUGGGAGCCAUGUUUAUGUUGCCCCCAAAACUUUCACUUGAGCUCCAGAACUAAAAUGUCCAUUCAUUUGCCCCACUGAUUU